UUACCAUAUUCUUCUUUUCCGUCCUUUUUUAGGGCAAAAAUUAUCUCUUUCUCUGCAAAAACUGACUCGCCAUACUCGUUCGAACUACUCUUUCGGACCUCCAUUUCCGACCCUCUGCUCCUCCGCUUUGUUAGAGUUUUUACAAUUUUUUUAUAUUUAUAAAAUCAAAAAGCGAAAUGGUGAAAUCCGUGGCAACGGCGCAGUUUCAUCAAGACGAGGAAGACGAUGAUGGUUUCGAAGAUAGAGGGGAAACAGUGAAAGUAGAAGAGAAAGGAAGUGAGCAAAAGACGAGCACUAAUCGGUCUAAGCAUUCUGAGACAGAGCAGCGUAGAAGAAGUAAGAUUAAUGAAAGGUUCCAGACUUUGAGAGAUAUUAUACCUCAAAAUGAUCAAAAGAGAGACAAGGCAUCUUUUCUGUUAGAGGUCAUAGAGUACAUUCAGUUUUUACAGGAAAAGUUGCAAAUGUAUGAGGGAUCGUACCAUGGGUGGAGCCAGGAGCCAGCAAAAAUGAUUCCAUGGCAGAAAAAUCAGCAUGGGUUUGCAGAGAAUUUUAUUGACCAUUCUCACACUAUGAAGAAUGGAUCUACUUGUGAGAAUGAUGGCAUCAUUCCGUCAAUGGUUGCGAAUAUGCAGAAUUCAAUUGAGUCCAACUUGGGUGAUGCUGCAGUGUUUAAAGCACUUGAUCAUCCCCCUGCAUCAGCUACUUCUAUGGUUAACAUGCAGACACGGUCAGAUGCAAUUGCUACUCAUGGAAGAGGUAGCAUUGCUUUUCAUGAGUCUGCUUCUGAUUCCGAGAACAUGAUACAUCAACCCCAUUUUCAGUCAUGGCAAAGUAGAGACUGUCUGACCGAGAGUGUUAUUCCGAACAAUUCAGCAAUUGAACAAGAGGACUUGACUAUCAGAGAUGAAUCAGUUGGCUUGUCAAGCGCUUACUCUCAAGGGAUAUUGAAUUCUCUGACACAAGCUCUGCAGUCUUCAGGAGUGGAGAUGUCUCAGGCGAGCAUAUCUGUGAAAAUUGAUGUUGGUAAACGAGUAGUUAGCAGAGUGACUUCUAUGCCAUCCAGUUCUGAGGAGAAAGAAAUCCGAUACAUAAGCAAUCAAGUGAUGAUACAAACUGGAGUUCGGAGCUGCUCAGAGGAGUUUGAUCAGGCUUAUAAGAGGCGUAGAACUGGGAAAAGCUAGUGUAUGAUUCUUGAUCUAUUUUUUUCCCAUUUUCUUCAUUUGGUUCCUUUUUCAGUCGAUUAGGGUGCUCAUUUUUGCCAUGCCAUGGUCCUCAUAUUAUUAGGUCUUAAGACUAAAUGUAAAUGUUUAUGCACAGCUUGGUUUUCCUAGUCGCAUAAAUUCUCCUAGGGUGAUAACUGUCAUAUAUUCUUUACUUAAAACUUGUUUGGGACAUAAGCUUCCAUGCAUAUAUGAGAAGCUGCUUUGUUACUGUUACUAUAAUAUUAUUGUAGUAUCUUCCAUUUCCCACAUGUUAAAGUUUUUGA